UUCUUUUGCUGCGAUUAAAAUCAAAACCCAACCAGAAAAUCUUUUUUUUUUUUUUUUUUUUUACUUUUUACAGAAUGUCGACCGCAACAAAAACAUACUGCAACGUACCAGAAUUGCCCUGGGUUGUCCAGAAGUUCGGUGGAACCAGCAUUGGAAAGUUCCUUGACACAAUUGCCACACAGGUAGUCAAGGAGUAUGUGAAGCAAAAUCGAUUGGUUGUUGUCUGCUCUGCUCGCAGUGGUGAGAGCAAGCAGACUGGCACCACAAACAGAUUGAUCCGUGCUGCAAACGAUGCCCUUCGUCCUGGAUCGCAGGAAUACCUGACGAUCAUCAAAGAAAUCCUUGACGACCAUCUCAAGGUAGCAGACGAUAUGAUCACCAGCCCUGACAUCCGCCGCAACCUGAAGAGUGACAUUGAGCACGAUUGCUCAAAGCUGAAAUCCUUUUUGGAGGCAGCCCAGAUCAUCAACGAGAUCUCGCCACGCUCCCGCGAUAUCAUCAUCGGUGUUGGAGAGAAGCUUGCUUGUCGAAUUGUAGCUGCUGUUCUCCAGGACAGAGGUGUGGAAUCAAUGUUUGUUUCACUCGAGAACAUCAUUGACAAGGAAUUUGAGGUUCUUGAUCAGACCUUCUACGACUAUUUGGCCAAGCGGAUGGCCGAGGCCGUGCAUAAGUGCGGAAACAAGGUCCCGGUUGUAACUGGUUUCUUUGGCAUUGUCCCUGGCAGCUUGUUAAAUACCAUUGGUCGUGGUUACACCGAUCUGACUGCCGCUCUGACUGCAGUUGGUUUGAGCGCUGAAGAGCUUCAGAUUUGGAAGGAGGUCGAUGGUAUCUUCACUGCUGACCCCCGUAAGGUCAAGUCUGCUCGCCUCUUGCCCAUUAUCACUCCCGAGGAGGCAUCCGAACUGACCUACUAUGGAUCAGAAGUGAUCCACCCCUUCACCAUGGAGCAGGUCAUUCGGUCUCACAUUCCUAUCCGGAUCAAGAAUGUUGAGAACCCUCGUGGUCAAGGCACCAUCAUCUUCCCUACCGACACCAUCAACAAGGACGGCACCUCGACCCCCCCUCACUCGCCCAAGGUUCUGGCCGAGAAUGGCUAUUCCCUUGACCUGUCCCGCAAGUACCCCACCGCAAUCACCAUCAAAGACAACGUGAUCGUACUCAACGUGCACUCCAACCGCAAGAGUGUGAGCCACGGCUUCUUUGCCCAGAUCUUCAGCACCCUCGAUCGAUAUGGCAUCGUGGUCGAUCUCAUUGCCACGUCCGAGGUUCAUGUGUCCAUGGCAUUGGGUACCGACAGUGAGGACAAGGAUCUUGAACGUGUGAUUGCAGAUCUUCGACGUGUUGGACAGGUUGACAUCUUGAAGAAUAUGGCUAUUCUCUCGCUUGUUGGCAAGCAAAUGAAGAACAUGGUUGGUAUCUCUGGCAUGAUGUUCACCACCUUGGCUUCCGCCGGGGUCAACAUUGAGAUGAUCUCUCAGGGUGCAUCAGAGAUCAAUAUCUCGUGUGUCAUUGCAGAGUCAAGUGCCAUCACAGCACUUAAUGUGAUCCAUGACCAGUUGUUGAGCAAACGCAGCAAGAUCAUCCUUCCCAGCCUACGAUCAGCUUUUUAAUUUAAUUUAAUUUAAUUAAAAGAAAUUGUUUUUUUUUAUU